AUGGCCGGAGGUAGCGGCGCGCGCGAGGCGCGCUGUCGUCAGGUCUCGCGUCCCGGGAGUCCCGGGUCCGAGGUCCCCGCUGCGUCAGCGACUGGACCUCGUGCAGAAGCCCGUCCCGCGGGCGGAGGUGGAGGGUCGCGGCGCGCUGCCCCAGACCGGUGCUCAGGCGGCGUCCCUUCUGCAGCCUGGCAGCACCCUUUCCUCAAUGUAUUCAGACAUUUCAGGGUGGAUGAGUGGAAACGGUCCAGCAAAGAGGGAGAUGUGGCUGUGGUGACGGACAAGGUCCUGAAGAGCGCUGUGUAUCGCAUCCGUGGGUCUGUAUCUGCCAGCAACUACAUCCAGCUCCCCAGAGCGAGCAGCCAGUCUCUGGGGCUGACUGGGCGGUACCUGUAUGUGCUUUUCCGGCCCGUGCCUACCAAGCACUUUGUCAUCCACCUGAACGUGUCCACCGAGGACGGCCAGGUCAUCCGAAUGUCUUUCUCCAACCUCUUUAAGGAGUUCAAGUCCUCCACAACAUGGCUUCAGUUCCCCUUUGUCUUCGAGACUAAGACACCCAGGAAAGGUGGUGACAUUUGGUCCAAGAGGGACGGCUUGAAUGAAGGCCCAGAACGGGAUGACCUGGCAGGUGUAGGGCCUUCUCAUGCCCUCUGGACCUGCCUACAGCUCGACCUGCGUGACAUCCUGAUGUUCUACCUGAGCAGGCACUAUAGCCAUCUCAAGAGCGUCAGGCUGUGUGCCAGCCUGCUAGUCAGAAACCUCUACACCAGUGAUCUGUGCUUUGACCCUGCUGUCACUGUCACUGAAGCCCGGCGUGCAAAGUUGUCUGUCAACCCUAUGCCUCGAGAAAUGGCUUUCCCAGUGCCAAAAGGGGAGAGCUGGCAUGACAAUUACAUCCACAUUCGGUUUCCAAGUGACUGCUCCAAGGCGCCUGAUAAGCAGGUUGCGAAGAGCUGUUCCCCUCCAGAAGCAGUCUUCCUAGGUCAUAUGUCACGGCAUCUGCCUCACCCAGUGGUCUUGGGCAAACCUUUGCUGAGCAGUAGGUCCCCUGUGGCCCAGGCAUGUAGCUCUACAUUGCCAUGCCAGGUCCUUUCAGCAUCCAGUCGCCUUCCAGAGGUCAGCCGGACCUACAAGGAUGGAGAAGUCUCCAGUGUAAGUGCCUCCAGCAUCCAGAGCCGACAUCCUUCAGGUCUCGAUGAGGUUCCCGAUGCACACAUGGUGUCCGGUGAGAGACACGUUCUUGCUGACAGCUCGUCUGGCGUGCCCAUGGCCCUUGAGGACAUUGGUUCCUGUAAGCUUUUCCUUCCAGACCCAGUCCUGAGGCUCAAGGGUGUCAUCGGCUUUGGGGGUCACAGCACCCGAUGGGCCCUGUGGACCAAAGAUGGUGUGGCUGUUGUUUACCCCUGCCAUGCAGUCAUAAUUGUCCUGCAGAUUGACACUGGGCAGCAGAGAUUUUUUCUUGGCCACACCGACAAGGUCUCUGCCCUGGCGCUCAAUGGCAGUGAUACACUGCUAGCCUCAGCUCAGGUGCAGCCUCCCAGCAUGGUGCGUCUCUGGGACUUCCAAACUGGGGGAUGCCUGUCUCUCUUUAGAAGCCCACUGCACACCAUCUGCUCCCUCAGCUUCUCUGGCAGUGGAGCACUCCUCUUCGGUGUGGGCAAGGACAGACACGGGAGGACGGUGGUGGUGGCCUGGGGCACAGACCAGGUGGGCCUCGGAGGUGAGGUAGUGGUUCUUGCAAAAGUGCAUACUGACUUUGAUGUCCAGGCCUUCCAGAUCGCCUUUUUUGAUGAAACCAGGAUGGCAUCAUGUGGUCGGGGCAGUGUGAGGCUCUGGCGGCUGCGGGGUGGUGUCCUUCGGUCCUGCGCUGUGGACCUGGGGGAGUAUUGUUCACUGGAGCUCACUGACCUUGCCUUUGCACAGGCACUGGAUGGCCACUGUGCGCCCUCGGCCGGCACACUCUUUGUGUGCAGCCAUAGUGGUCACAUCCUGGAGAUUGACCACCAGCGCAUGUCUGUGCAGCACGUCCGCCGCUUGCUGCCUGCACGGUCCCCUGGUACUCCCCUCGCCGAGAAGCAGAACUUGAGCGUCGGGUCCGGCAUCGCUCUCAGUAGCCUCGGUGUCUCUACUGCCACGUGUGCUGUGGGUUCUGAGGAUGGCUACUUGCGACUCUGGCCCCUGGACUUUUCCUCCGUGCUCCUAGAGGCUGAACACGAUGGCCCUGUCAGUUCGGUCUCCUUCAGUCCCGAUGGCCUACGUGUGCUGUCCACCACCACUUCAGGCCACCUGGGCUUCCUGGAUAUCCCCUCCCGGGAGUAUACUGUGUUGGCACGCUCCCACAUGGCCCCAGUGUUGGCGCUUUCUACAGAACAGAACCGGGGACAGAUGGCCACUGUGUCCCUUGACCACACUGUCCGCAUCUGGGAUCUGGCUACCCUACAGCAGCUGUAUGACUUCUCAUCCUCCGAGGACACCCCUUGUGCUGUUGCUUUCCACCCUAAAAUGCCAAACUUGUUCUGUGGCUUCAGCAGUGGGGCUGUGCGUUCCUUCAGCUUGGAGAACUCUGGAGUCCUGGUAGAACACAUGCGUCACCGAGGGGCCAUCACCAGCCUGGUCAUCACCCUUGACGGCAGAUUCCUGUUCAGCUCCUGCUCUCAGGGCUCCCUGGUCCAGUACAGCUGUACUGUCCCCCGAUGCUGCGUCCUACGUGUGGCAGCCAACAUGGUCUGUCAGGAUGGUCGCCCCAAUCCCAAUAUUCUGGCAGUCAGUGGAGACAGCUGCCGGCUGGCCUUUGUGGGCCCCUCCAAGUGCAUGGUGACAAUUGUGGAGUCGGCCUCCUUGGAUGAGCUACUCCGUAUAGAUGUCAGCACCCUCAACCUGGCCAGCAACCACCUGGACUCGGCUGUGGCUGUUUGCUUCGGUCCCGGGAACUCGGGCCAUCUGCUGGUGUCCACAUCCUCUAACAAGGUUGUGGUACUGGACUCUGUAUCAGGACACACUCUCCGGGAGUUAUCUAGUGUCCGCUCCAGAGCCUGCUGCUCCCUGGCUCUCAGCGAGGAUGCUUGUUUGCUGCUGGCAGCCACUGACCGGACCAUUACAGUGUGGGAUUAUCCAACACAGGCAAACCCCAGCUGCCAGGUAUACAUUGGCCACUCAGAGCCUGUGCACGUUGUAGCCUUCACACCUGAUCAGCUGCAGGUCAUCAGUGUGGGGGAUGCCAUCUUCCUCUGGGACAUCCUGGCUACCCCUGAGAGGCAAGUGUCUACCUUUCACCAUGUCUGCAUGGGCCUUUGCUGGCUGGCCCCUGACCCCUCUCUUGUUCUCAGAGACGGAAGUGAUCCUGAAGCACCCCCUGUGCAUGAGGCCGGCUCUAGUUCGGGGCAGCUUGAUGACCUGGCAUCUGGGGCUAGUGGACUCCCUCGGCAGCAAGUGCCCAUACCGUCUCAGGCAUUACCGCCCCCACUGAGUACCCAUGACAGGCUCCUUGAAGGCAGUACUGGCACCUUCUCCACGUCUGAUGAGGAAGGACUCUGUGAGGAGAACCAUGUUUCUGAGGCGCUCCUCCAAGGCCAGGCCCCAACCCCACAUGUGCUCGUGGACAGAGAGGCCAGUGGAGCUGGGGAUGCCCCCCGGGAGGCUGCAGGGAGCUCCCGGACACGAGCUGGGCAUCCCAAACCCCACAGCCAGAUGAGUGAAUGGAGCCUUCGGAGCGGGAAGGCUGGGCCCCCAACCCGCCCAGAUUCCUACAAGCACUUCACAGCUCGAUAUAAGGCCUCUCCACGGGUUAAGAGUGUCUCCUUCCCUCCCAUUGGCAGGGAGCGGCUGCGACUGAAGGCCGUUGUGGGCUACAAUGGGAAUGGGCGGGCCAACAUGGUCUGGAGGCCCGACACAGGCUUCUUUGCCUACACAUGUGGUCGCCUGGUGGUAGUGGAGGACCUGCAUUCUGGCACCCAGCGGCAUUGGCUUGGCCAUUCUCAGGAGAUCUCUACUCUGGCACUCAACCAGGAUGGCCAGAUCUUGGCCUCUGCCUCCUGCUGCGGCAACACAGCUGCCCGUUGCCAGAUCCGAAUUUGGGAUGUUCCCAAGGGCCUCUGUCGGCACCUCCUUUCCCACCAUGACACAGCUGUGCAAGCUCUGGCUUUCUCACCAGAUGAUGAGUUUCUUGUAACGUUGGGGGACUAUGCUGACAGGAACCUUGCCCUGUGGAGCAUGGCCACCUAUGAACUCCUGUCAUCGACUCGCCUCCUGGAGCCUGUGCAUGGUGUGGCCUUUAACCCAUGGGAUGCCAGUGAGCUCACCUGUGUGGGCACAAAUGCCAUCACCUUCUGGCGCCUGCAGCAUCAUGGGCCAGACACCUGCUUCCAGGCACACCGAGAGCCAGUCCCUGAGGAACUGGGGGCGUCCGAGUUGACCUCGCUCUGCUAUGGGGCCAGCCCUCUGCUCUAUUGCGGCUCCAGCUCUGGCCAGGUCUGUGUCUGGGACACUGGCACUGGCCACUGCUUCCUGGCCUGGGAGGCUGACGAUGGGGAGAUCGGGGUGCUGCUGUGUUCGGGCUCUAGACUGAUCAGUGGGAGCAACACAAAGAGGCUUCGCCUUUGGGCUGUGGGGGUUGUGCCAGAGCUGAGGCGCAAAGGCUCCAGUGCCAGAUCCAGUUCUGUUCUCAUGGAGCGUGAGCUGACCCUGGAUGGGGCUGUUGUGAGUGCCAGUUUUGACAGUGGCAUGGACAUGGGUGUAGUGGGUACCACAGCUGGCACCAUCUGGUACAUCAGCUGGACAGAGGGCACUAGCACCCGCCUCAUCAGUGGCCACAGGACCAAGGUAAACGAGGUGGUCUUCAGCCCCAGUGAAUCUCACUGUGCCACCUGUGGCGAGGAUGGGAGCGUGAGGGUGUGGUCUUUGGCCAGCAUGGAGCUGGUGAUCCAGUUUCAGGUGCUGAACCAGAGCUGCCUCUGCCUUGCGUGGACGCCCCCAUCCUGUGAACUUCCAGAGCAGCAGCAGGUAGUGGCCGGCUACAGCGAUGGCACACUUCGAGUCUUCAGUAUCUCUCGUACUGCAAUGGAACUCAAGAUGCACCCCCACCGGACCGCUCUGACAGCCAUUGCCUUCUCCACUGACGGUCAGACCAUCCUCUCUGGAGAUAAGGAUGGACUUGUGGCUAUAAGCCAUCCCUGCACAGGAAUGACCUUCCGUGUGCUCAGUGACCACCGGGGUGCUCCAAUUUCUGCUCUCCAGAGCACAAGCAAAGAAUAUGGAGACCUAGGGGUAGAGGGUGUAGAACUGUGGCUGGCUGCGAGUGGGGACCAACGUGUCAGUAUCUGGGUCUCUGACUGGCUCCGGGACCGCUGUGAACUCCUGGAAUGGUUGAGCUUUCCUGCACCUGCCAUCUCAGAGGCUCCAGGCCUGCUGCCCCCCUCUCUUGCUGCCUUCUGCCCUUGGGAUAGGGCGAUACUGGUGUGUGUGGGCCUGGGUGCACAUGAGGAGGUCGUCUUCUACAGCCUCCGCCAGAAGCAGGUAAUACAGAGGACACCUCUGCCCUUCUUCGCCAUGUCCUUGAGCCUGUCCCCAGGGGCUCCGCUCAUGGUGGUUGGUUUUGCUGAGUGCAUGCUGAGGCUCCUGGACUGUGCGUCAGGGACUGCCCAGGACUUGGAAGGCCAUGAUGACUCGGUCCACCUGAGUAGGUUCACGCCAUCUGGCAGACUGCUCUUCACAGCUGCUCACAACGAGAUCCUGGUGUGGGAAGUCACCGGUCCCUGAGCUAUUGCUAGGAACAUAAGCAGAAAAGCCAGACUCUGGAUUGCUGUAUGCCGAGCCAGGAUGGCUGGGACAGGCUUCAGAACUGCAUUGUUUGGAAUUUGGGUGAAAUCAAGGAGGCUGAGGGUGUGGCAGUGGCUUAGAGUCUGUGAAGUGUGGAUUUGAUCCUCAGACCUGCUCCCUCAUACACAGAAGGCUUGGUUGGCAUAGUGGGUUUUUCACAUGAAGGUUGUUCUAUUGCUUGUAUUUUGUACAGUUUAAGGAAAUAAAAUCUGGCAUUUAUUAUAUCGAUACAUUG